AUGGUACCCCAGACCUUCGAUGGUGCCUCUGCUUUCCAAGGUUCAAUAGCUGGGGCCAGGAAAUUGAUCAAUGAUCACUUCCAUACCGAAUGCCCAGUUCUCCACUGUAGAUCUCAUUCACUACAGUUGGCCUGUUCGUUUGCUGCUGAAGAAUCAGGAUUGGUCAGUCGACUUCUUAGCUUGGUUACUACUAUCUACACAUUCCAUGGAUGGUCACCCAAGCGAUAUCGGCACCUUCGAGCAGCCGCUGAGCAGAUAGAUAUGAGAGCUAAGAAGUUGAUCAAUCCUAGUACUACUCGCUGGCUGAGUUUUGAUGGCUCUGUGAGUGCGGUUUUAUCCGAUUUAGAGGCCCUCAUUGAAAGCACUUAUGAGCUUGGAGAAGAUGAUGGCGCUGGCCAUCAUAUUUUUCUGCAUCUGACUGCUGCUGGAACUCUCAAGAGCCUCUUCCUCUUGGACAAUGUACUUGGUGAGCUGAGCAGCCUUUGUAGGGGGUUACAGCGAGAGGAUCUCUCUUUGCUCCAUUCCGUGGGAAUUAUUCAGCAGUCGUUGGAACGCCUCGGCAAUAUCCCGGAUCUCGAGCAGCUCGUGAAUGAAAAAAAUGCUGCUAUAGAGGCUCUCGGUCAUGAGGUUUCCGAGAAUCUCCCAACUAAGACCAAUAGGAGGCAGAAUCGAGAUGUGAGAGGGCUUGUUGGAGAGAUCAUGGAAUAUAUCCUAUCGCUGAGAGAGACCAUGAAAAAGAGACUAUUAGAUGAUAUUGAUCCUGUUAUAUUUUUGUACCGAGCUUUCAGUCUCGAUAAGUCUCUCCGGGAUCCUGAUUUCGACUUCACAGAAAUUGGCCAGUUCGUGGGUAUGUCAGCUAAGGAGGUGAACAAUUUGGGCCAUCGAUGGCGCGCACAGUGCGCGGCGCACUGGCCAGAGACCCUGACUUUGAUCCAUUCUCGAUGGUAUUAG